AUGGUGCUGAGAGCUGAAGUAAAAGGAAAUCUCUUCAAUGCCUUCAGGUUUAGCAAGAAGGAGGUUGUUUGCAACCUGCUGGAAACCAUUUUUCAGGGCUGGGCUUCGGCAUUGAAAAGGGACCAGAAGCCAGAUUACCAUGGGCUGUGGAGUCUCUUUACCCUGGCUCCUACAAAGCAGACAGCCCAUAAAUCCACCGGAGGUAAAGCACCCAGGAAGCAACUGGCUACAAAAGCCGCUCUCAAGAGUGCGCCCUCUACUGGAGGGGUGAAGAAACCUCAUGGAUACAGGCCGGGUACUGCGGCACUCCGUGAAAUUAGACGUUAUCAGGAGGCCACUGAACUUCUGAUUCGCAAACUUCCUUUCCAGCAUCCUGUGCGAGAAAUUGCUCAGGAUUUCAAAGCACGUCAGCGCUUUCAGAGCGCUAUUGGUGUUUUGCAGGAGGCAAGUGUGGACUACUUGGCUGGCCUUUUUGAAGAUACCAACCUGUGUGCUAUCCGUGCCAAACGUGUAACAGUUACGCCAGAAGACAUCCAGUUAGCACGCUGCAUGCGUGGAGAACGUGCUUAA